AUGGUCUUGCAAGUGCCCCUGUUCAAGCUCCAAUGCGGAGUGAACUCUUACGAAUGGGGAAAGAAGGGAGAGGACUCAGCAGCUGCGCGCUUUGCUGCCACAACACCAGCUGAGGGCUUCAGUGUCGAGUCGGAGAAGCCCUAUGCAGAGCUCUGGAUGGGCACUCAUCCCUCAAACCCCUCAAAAGACCUCCAGUCUGGUCGCACCCUCCUCGAACUUGUCCAAGACAACCAGCAACUCCUUUCCGCGCCCAUUUCCUCCAAAUAUGGCUCGAAACUCCCCUUCCUCUUCAAGGUUCUCUCCAUCAACAAGGCCCUCUCGAUACAGGCCCACCCGAAUAAGAAGCUCGCCGAACAGCUACACGCCCGCGACCCCAAGAACUACCCCGAUGACAACCACAAGCCCGAGAUGGCCAUUGCCAUCACCCCUUUCGAAGGUCUCUGCGGAUUCCGCCCACUUUCCGAAAUCUCACAUUUCCUCGCGACAGUCCCACCCCUGAAGAGCCUGGUCGUCGACGACAAGGCCGACGAGUUCAUCAACACCGUCAAGAGUGAGGAGGAGACCGAGAACCUCGAGACCAAGGACCGGAAUAAGAAGGCUCUGCAGCAUAUUUUCGCCGCUCUUCUGUCCGCCACACCCGAGGAGGUUGAAAAGCAGACGGAGAAGCUCGUCGCCCUCGCUAAGUCAGAAGGCAGCGACUUUGCCGCCGGCGGCGUAUCCACAACAGACGGCGAGACCCUCUCGGAGCUGAUCCUACGCAACCACGCCGAAUUCGGAGCAGACAUUGGCCUUUUCAUCCUCUUCUUCCUCAACUACGUCAAGAUGGAGCCUGGUGAGGCCAUGUUCCUCGUCGCCGACGACAUCCACGCCUACCUCUCCGGCGACAUCAUCGAGUGCAUGGCCGCCUCAGACAAUGUCGUCCGCGCCGGCUUCACCCCCAAGUUCAAGGACGUGCCCACCCUCGUCGACAUGCUCACCUACAACUACGCGCCCAUUGACGAGCAAAAGAUGCCUCCGUCCGAGUACCCCUACGCCACUCUCAACCGCGCCGCCUAUAGCUCCGGCUCUGCCGUCAUUUUGUACGAUCCGCCCAUCGAGGAGUUCAGCGUCGUCCGGUCGCUUUUGAACGGCGACGGCUCCAAGGUCACAUUCGAGCCCAUCGAGGGUCCCAGUAUCGUUAUCUGCACGUCGGGCAGGGGCACCAUCGCUGUCGGUCCGACGGUGCAGAAGAUCACCGAGGGCAACGUCUUCUUUGUUGGAUCGACGGCGGAGUUGGUGUUGCAGUCCGAGGGUGACGAAGAUGAUGAGUUUGUCACAUUCAAGGCGUUCUGCGAGAUUGAGGAGAAGCCGGAGGAAAAGUUGUAA